GAGGGACUGUCAAAUAACGCAUACUAGGUUCUAGUACUUAACAGGGGAAAGGUGAAGUAAAUCUAAAGGAGUGACGUUCAUAUUGUACGCAUGAAUACCAAUAACGUUUAUGGAUGUACGAUGCUGCUGCGUAUUAUAAUGUAACAAGUAGGAUGUGAUGCGAUAUAGCGAUUAGGAGGAAUGGAAGAAUCCCGAAGCUUCGUCGAAGACCAAGUAAGUGCAGAGAAUUAUCACCAAAAAGGCACGACAACAGCUCACGGGUGGUCGGAUCAUCAGACAGAGGAUCCCAGGGUACUAGGAGAUCAGAUGAGAACGAAAGGCCGACAUUGUUUAUCUACCGACACCAUUAGCAUUCCAAUUUCUGGGGAGCUCUCUUCUCCGCCUGCUGCCCACACGAUCGAAGCUUGUCAUCGUACCCCAAUCCCCAUCGUUCAGCGAACCUCUCCGACUUCGGCGCAAAAGGCCGGAGCUCUCAUCAUCGUCAUCCUCAGGGGACCAAGGACCGGGCGGGGGUCUUCUGUUAGCACCCGAAUUCGAGUGUGA